AACCAUAAAUAAAAAAAAAUGAACGAAAGAAAAUGUUAGGAUCGGAUUGUGAUCGUGAAUUUUAGAGAGAGAGAAUGAAUGCUGUUGGAAGGCAGAGAUCUGGGGCAUCAUCGACUGUGCACCACCAGCGGCAGUACUCCGAUAAUUUUCUAGAAUCAUCAUCAAACGACCGAUGGCUCCAAUCAGCUGGUCUUCAGCAUCUGCAGUCAUCUAACAAUGCAGUUCCUCCACUUCAGGAUUUUGGAUACCAUGAUGGAGGGGGUCAGGACUCGAGAAUGUCUAGGAGCGUGCAAGCGUAGAGGACUUACAGUGGAAGAAGUGAUUUGUUUGCUGAACCAUUGACGCCACCACUAAAUUCAUGGUCGGGAAGUCAGAGAAAGAACGGGGAGGAGCAGGUUUCGCCAAAUGAGUAUAAUCCAGGGCUCUUGGAUCUGCAUUCUCUAUAAGUACACCAGUUCGAAGGUGGUGCUGGUUUCGAUUUCGAGGCGAAGUCGUGCUCGCAUCGAUUUCUUAUUUUGGUUCCAUUUAGCAGUGAAUAAGAAGGUAGCCGAGGUGGUGGAGGUUGUGGAAUUGAUGGGGGCCGACGGAUUUGGGCGGAGAUGGGCAGCUGGGGUUGGGUAGUCGACAGCUUCAGAUUAUGGUCGGGGUGAGGUGGGGGUGCAGUCAGGGAAGAAGAUGAA